AUGGCGAGCAACAAACUGAAGCCUGCGGCGCGCGUCUCGGGCCAGCGACAGGAUGUAUGGUCCAUCAUCAACGAGGCAGCCGCCAACUCGCCCAACCAGCCCAUCAUCAACCUCGGCCAGGGCUUCUUCGGCUACAACCCGCCCAAGUUCAUCCUCAACGCGGCCAAGGAGGCUCUCGACAGGGUCGAGUGCAAUCAGUACUCGCCUACCAAGGGUCGCCCGCGUCUCAAGAAGGCCCUGGCGGAUGCCUACUCGCCUUUCUGGGGCCGUGAGCUGAACCCAGACACGGAGGUCACCAUCACCACAGGCGCCAACGAGGGCAUGCUCUCGGCAUUUAUGGCAUUUAUCGAGCAGGGCGACGAGGUCAUUGUGUUCGAGCCCUUCUUCGACCAGUACAUCUCCAACAUUGAGAUGCCCGGCGGCAAGGUGCGCUGUGUGCCCCUACAGCCACCCAAAACGGGCGCCACAGAGACGACGUCGGCUGCCGAGUGGACAGUGGACUUUGACCAGCUGGAGAAGACGAUCACGCCCAAGACCAAGAUGAUUGUUCUCAACACACCCCACAACCCUGUUGGCAAGGUCUUCUCCAAAGACGAGCUGCAGCGGAUUGGUGACCUGUGCGUCAAGCACCAGAUCAUCAUACUCUCAGACGAGGUCUACGACCGCCUCUUCUACGUGCCCUUUACGCGCAUGGCGACACUCAGCCCGGAGAUUGAGCGGUUGACGCUUACAGUCGGGUCAGCGGGCAAGAACUUUUACGCUACCGGAUGGCGGGUGGGGUGGCUGAUUGGGCAGCCGCAUCUUCUGCAGCACGUCUCGGCCGCGCACACGCGCAUCUGCUUCACCUCGGUGUCGCCUCUCCAGGAAGCGUGCGCCGUUGGGUUCGAGCAGGCGGAGGAGCAAGGGUUCUGGCGUGACACGAUCACCGAGAUGAAGGACAAAAUGGACCGGUUCAACCAGGUCUGGCCCGAGCUUGGGCUGCCGUACUCGGAGCCAGAGGGCGGCUACUUUGUGCUGGUGAACAUGGCCAAGGUGAAGAUUCCGGCUGACUACCCGUUCCCUGAGCAUGUGGCGAGUCGACCGCGCGACUUCAAGUUGGCGUGGUUCCUGAUCCAGGAGGUGGGUGUGGCGGCGAUCCCGCCGACCGAGUUCUACACGGAGGAGAAUCAGCACCUGGCUGAGGACUAUAUCCGGUUCGCUGUGUGCAAGGAAGACCAGGUGCUCGAGGAUGCGAAGGAGAGGCUGAGGGGGCUAAAGAAGUACAUGCAGUAG